AUGAAUAGAGUGAAUGUAGAAAAAAUAUUAAGAAAGGUUGAAACAGAAAGUUGUGUUCUAAACAAUAUUAAGAGAGUUGUAGUAUUUAAAGCUAAAAAUGCCUAUUCCCUACUUAAAAAGUCUGGGUUUAAUGAGGAUGAAAUUAAAAAAGGAUUAGAGUGUUUACUUGAUGAGGGUAUCAUCUUUAAAGUUUCAGUAGAUGAUAAGAAUGCAAAGAUAGUGUUAAGUAAAGAUGUUACUAUUGAAGAUGAAUAUAUUUGGGAAAAAGAGAAUUAUUCAAUUGUUUAUUUAAUACUGACUUUAAUAAGUUUAGUGUGUGUAUCUUUAAUGAUAUUUACAAUUUACUUUCCUAAUUGGUACAAAUAUACACUUUAUUAUAUGAAGUAUCCUUUGUUAGGAUUUUUAGGGUUUUUAUUAGUAGCAGGUGUUGUGAGAUGGAUUGUAUUUUUAAUUACACUUGUUUUAUAUGAAUCACAGCUUUGGAUUUGGCCAAAUCUUUUCGCUGACUGUGGAUUUAUAGAAAGUUUUAUUCCUCUCUAUGAGUGGGUAGGACCGGAAACUAAGAAUGAAUAA